GAAGGAGGCUCGGACGGGAGAGCCAGCGCGGCAGCUGCUCGGGGAAACCUCGGCGCUUCUUGGGGAGUUUGGGUGCUGUGGCUGCGAGCGCCUGGACGGACGGGCGGACGGACGGAGGGGCGCGCACGAUGGAGCCUUGGAAGCAAUGCGCUCACUGGCUCAUCCAGUGCCGGGUGCUGCCGGUCAACCACCGGGUGACUUGGGAGGCGGCGCAGGUGUUCGACCUGGCCCAGACCCUCCGCGACGGCGUCCUGCUUUGCCAGCUGCUCAACAACUUGCGCCCGGGCGCCCUCAACCUCAAGGAGAUCAACCUGAGACCGCAGAUGUCCCAGUUUCUGUGCUUGAAGAAUAUAAGAACAUUCCUUUCUGCCUGCUGUGAAAUAUUUGGAAUGAAGAAGAGUGAACUCUUUGAAGCAUUUGACUUGUUUGAUGUUCGUGAUUUUGGAAAGCUCUAG